GUUUUGUGGUUAAAUAAAUGAGACCUCUAUGUUAUGUAUUAAUUAUUAGCGUGGAAACCGUUAUCUAAUGUUGUGUUCAAACUGCUACUGCAAAGCAGAGACAAAUGCGAUGGAUGAUUUUAUGAAUUGCCAAGGAAUAGUACCUCCUUUAUUUGUUUUGAUUAAAAAUGAUCUGUUAUGUCUCUUGCAUCUGUGAAUCAUCGGCGCUGAAAUCCAACCAACGAGAAAAAAAGAAUAUUUCUUAUGUCUGCCUCCUGGCUUUAAACCAUCAAUAUUUUAUUAGAUUGCACUGGGCAAGAGAACAACAUAAGACGGUUUGAACUGGAGAAGAAACCACAUUACCAGAACCUGUGUUGAUCGCUUAUCACCAGACAACAAAAAAUCUACACCGGUCAAGCAUCUGCUGCGUUAUUCAGUCAGACAGUGUACUGUAUAUUGCUAGAGAAUCUGUAUUGUCACUGGGUAGUCUACAUGGUGAAAAGGUUCGUAAAAAUAAUGAUUUUAAGAGCUGCUAUCACGUCUGAAAAACUGACUAGAACAGCUGGAUUUUCUCCUGUGGGUUUCGUUUGGAAAGCGGUGCUCCUGCUGUCAGUUUUGCAUCGGAAAUGUGAAUGUUCGCGGAUUCAUAACACUGACAACAAUCCUACAGCAUCCAAGGGAGCCGAAUUCAACCGAGUCUACAGUGGCUAUGUGAACCGGGGAGUGGAGGAAAUCUAUUCCUUUAAUUACACCACCAAGCCAGAGAAGGUGGAUGCCGUGCGGGUGUAUGUCAGCGCCAACUCGGAUGACCAGCACUACCCAGUGAUCUUUGUGAUUCGGCAGCAGAAUGGAGUGCUUUCAUGGCAGGUGCCCCUGGUUCUGCGUGGCCUUUACCAGAGAAAGUACACCUACCAGGAAGUGGGCCGCACACUCUGCCCUUUGGAGCCAAUGCAGGAGGAGAGGUCCACAGAACAGUACAUGUUUAUUGACGUGGCCUCCAUGGCUCCUUUUGAUGUGCGCUAUGAGCUGCUAGUCACCAGUGUCAACCACUUCACUCUGGAGACAGGAGUGAUGUCGAACUUCAGUGCUACUCCAUCCCAGCCUUGGUACUUUUUAUACGAGUUUCCAGACAAAGUCAACUCUGUUGUGAUCAAGGUGGUGUCUAACCAGGCAUUCCCCUGCACCGUGGUGUCAGUGCAAGAUAUUUGGUGCCCAGUUUAUGAUCAGGACCACAACGUGGAAUUCAUUGGGGUGUACCAGUCCAUGACGCUGAAAGCUGCAAUCACAGUGCAGAGGAAGGAUUUCCCUGGAGGAAAGUUCUAUGUGGUUUUUGUCAUUAAGCCCGAGGACUACACUUGUGGGGGUUCGUUUCCUUCAACAAGAGGUAAAGGAAAUCACACAUGGAACCAGGAUCGUACAAAAGACCUUAAAGUUAUCAUAGUGCCUUCCAUAAAUGAGCGGGCGUAUGUUCAUGCCAUGCUGUUCUCCUUCGUCAUCUUCCUGUUCUUCUUCUUGGGAUCUGUGGUCGUGGCCUUCGUUCACUAUGUCAGGCUCCAGAAGCAGGAGACGGAUGGACUCUACAGCCCUGACGAUGAUGGCACUGGAAUGGUGGCAGCGUCUCAUCCCCUCGCCAGCAGUGCCUCGGAGGGGGGGAGCUAUGGGGCGAUUGAUGAAUCGAGCCCUGCAGCUCCUGGCAGCCACUCUGCCUCCCCAGUGGACGCAGCACGCUGCCGCUCCUACUCCGACAGCUCGGCGGAGGAGGACAGUGAUUUAGAUACGCUCCAGGACAUGGUCCACGACAAGAACGUUGCUACAGCCAAGGCUUACCUUUAUGUGUCAGACUUGGCUCGUAAAGACAGCAAAAUUGUCAGCAAAAAGUACAAAAUCUACUUUUGGAAUAUUACCACCAUUUCAGUGUUCUAUGCACUUCCUGUAAUUCAGCUGGUCAUAACAUAUCAAACUGUGGUGAAUGUCACAGGAAAUCAGGACAUCUGCUACUAUAACUUUCUGUGCGCCCAUCCGCUUGGAGUGUUAAGUGCCUUCAACAACAUCCUGAGUAAUGUUGGUUACAUCUUGCUGGGUUUCCUGUUCCUGCUCAUCGUACUCCGAAGGAACAUCCUGCACAAGCGCGCCCUGGAGGCCAAAGAUAUCUAUGCUAUGGACUACGGCAUCCCUAAACACUUUGGCCUCUUCUACACCAUGGCUAUCGCGCUGGUGAUGGAGGGGGUGCUGAGUGCCUGCUACCACGUCUGCCCAAACUACUCCAACUUCCAAUUCGAUACCUCCUUCAUGUAUAUUAUCGCAGGGCUGUGCAUGCUGAAGCUCUACCAGACCCGCCACCCUGACAUCAAUGCCAGCGCCUACUUUGCCUACGCCACCUUUGCCGUUGUGAUACUGCUCACGGUCCUGGGCGUGAUCUUUGGAAAGAACGCUACCUGGUUCUGGAUUCUCUUCUCUCUGAUUCACGUCAUCGCAUCUCUGACACUCAGCACACAGAUAUACUACAUGGGCAGGUUCAAGAUAGAUGUUUCAAAUGCAGACACUGGCUUUUUCAAACGCAUCGUGACAGUUCUAUACACCGACUGUAUUCAGCAGUGCAACAGGCCAAUGUACACGGACAGGAUGGUUCUCCUGGUCCUUGGGAAUCUUGUCAACUGGUCCUUUGCUAUCUUUGGGCUGAUAUUAAAGCCUAAAGACUUUCCCUCCUAUCUCCUCGGCAUCUUCAUUUGUAAUCUUCUGCUUUACCUGGCGUUCUACAUCAUCAUGAAGCUCCGGAACUCAGAGAGUUUGCGGCCCUUCCCCCUGUUCUGUAUCAUCGCCACAGCCGUGAUGUGGGGGGCGGCGCUCUACUUCUUCUUCCAGAACCUCACCAGCUGGGAGGAAACGCCUGCCGAGUCACGGGAACAGAACCGCGAGUGCGUCCUACUCAGCUUCUUUGACGAUCAUGACAUCUGGCACUUCCUGUCCGCUGCUGCCAUGUUCUUCUCCUUCUUGGUUCUCCUAACUUUAGAUGAUGACCUGGAUUAUGUAAGAAGAGACAAAAUUCCUGUAUUCUAGAUGACGGACACAUGGAAACUGGAGGGACCAGUCAAGGAUAUUCACACAGGGCAGUGGAAGAACCUGAGCAAUUUAAGCAUGGAAUCAAGUGGAGCAAAAAACAAAAACAAAAAAGAAACCAACUUCAUAUAAUCUGUGCCUUAGUGGCAAAGGGAAGUAUUCAAGAUCAUCCAGCGUUGCGUCUUGGGUCGCCUCAUAUUCACCCCAUGACAUUUCACUUGAAUGAAACAAGAAGGAAACAGGUGAGAAGGAAGGACACUGUUAUCAACAUUUUCAGUUUUAUACCGUGUCAUCUAAAGGACUUUUUUUUUGUCAUUUGCUUUCUGACUUCAAUUUGCUUCAACAGUUUCACUGUCUAUAGUACGCAUAUACAGUGUUGAGUGUAUUAAAACUGCAUCUCAGACAACCUAAGUCUUUUUCUACAGACUUACUGGCAUUUCCAGGUAGUCCCUAACAAGGAAGGAAAUAGAAGAGUGAUUCAGUGGUAACCCUAUACCGAAGGGUUUCAGCUGUGAAUCUGAGUUGAAUAAAUGCUGCAAGCCACUGAUGUGUUUGGCUAAAAUAGACCAGUGCAUCUGCCAUCCAAACAAACUGAUGUUUGGAUCCUAUGAAGCAAAAUAUCCUCCAUUAGCUGUCUUUGUUUAGCAAAAAAAAAAUGUUUUGUGAAUUGUGAAUUACAUGUAUGUGAAGUUUAAGCAUAAGUGACCUGUGUGAAAUAUUAAACUGAAAACAAAUUUUUUAUCAAGACUACUGCUGCUGGGAACUGCCAGGUCACUGCAUGACAACAGAUGGACAGGACAGCCAAAGGUGUUACUCUUGCCAAACAACUGACCUGCAUGCUCAAGUAACUACAGUUGCCUUGGUGAUUUCGUGGUGUGUCGCUUUGUUUCAGGGUAUUACUGCAAAACAGUUAUUUGCACGACUUACUAGAUUAUUUGUUUCCAAAAUUAUAUCUUUUUUGUGAAUCUUGAUAUGAAAAUGCCUCUCAAAAGUAUGAGCUGGUAACUGAAGCAGAGAGUGAUUUGCUGGAUAAGUGCUGUAUAUCCACAGCUUCAGCUGUUUUAAAGUCUGAGGGUCAGACUGAAUUCACCAAGACAUUUCACAAAGAUAACAACUGAUGUAUGGUUAUUUAUGACAUGUCCUUGAUUUGUGCAUAUGGUGGCUGAUUCUGUUAAAUUUGUCUGUGAAAUUCUUUGUGAAAAUGUUUGCACUGACUUUUUUUUUGCAAUGCUGUCCCUGGCAUUUGAAUUGUCAUUAAAACUCAGAAAGCCUGCAAAAGAACUCACCCAGAAAGAAACAGCAUGAACUUCAAAAGGCGCAAAGUGCUCUGACAGGUGUGUGCCCAAGUGAUGGAAAACAUUUUGCAGUCCGUUAAAUUAAUCUGCCAACUCAUUGCAUGGUUUAAACAAGAUUAACUGACCAGUUGACUUUUAGAUCUGCUACGUGCCGAGCCAAAGAGAAAAUGCAAGAUGGUACACCCUAAUGAGCUUUUCCUGAUGUUUUUUAAAUUAUGAUUUAUUUAUUUAUUUUUUUAUUUUUAUUUUUUUAAAUGACUGGCACCGUACUGCUUUUUACCUUGUCUCCUUUUCAAGUUUUUCUUUCACUUGGCUGUAAUGUAAAACAUUUUAGAUUCUAUUUGUAAAAGUGCUAAUAAAUAUCAGGUUUUCUGAUUGCAUUCUUAUUUAUCUGUUGUUGUUUUUUUUGUAUAACUGUAUUGUUGCGUUAAUGGUAUAUUAUCAAUCUGAAGUUGGACAGGUUUGAAGACGCAUGCCUUUAGUAAUGGAACAGAAUUUUGCAUUUUAAUAAAGGCUGAUGUAUGACAUCA